UUCUUAUUGGUGGGAAAGGUCAAAAGGUAUUGUUGAUGCUCUGUUGUAGGGAAGACAACGAGGGGGUCCUACCUUAGUUUUUAUAAACUGGAGCAUUCGAGAUGUUAGUGUUGAACCGGAGCGGCAUCAAUUUCACCAGCUGUUUAUUUCCAUUGUGCGAAUGGCAUCCCUUAGAAUAGCCAAGGUGGUUGGGGUUUGAUACCCUCUCUCUUCCGUCCCAAAGCAGGGCCUCAGAAAUGGGGUGCUGUAGUUGCUUUGGGUUCAUUAGGAAGCCCAAAGGUGACCUGAGGCCUGCCCCUGGCAGUCGUUUCUCUCAAGAAUUUUUGCUGGAAGAUGAUGAUGUUGAUGGUGCUUUAUAUAAUGGUGAAGAAACUAAUCUCCUUCAUGGAGGUGAUGGUGAAUUGCACAAUCGUAGUAAGCGUUCUGAAGAGAUUCUCAUGCUUAGAUUCCGAAGUGGAAAGAUAUGCAGGGAAGUACCUGUGAAGGAAACUCAUCAACUCAUUCGCUCAGAGGAUGAGAAUGGAAAUAAGAUGAUUAAUGAGUAUGUACGUGUGUGCAAGAUUGGUUCUGGAAGCUACGGGAAAGUGGUUUUAUACCAAAGCAGUGUUGAUGGAAAGCGUUAUGCCAUUAAGGCUUUUCACAAGUCUCAUUUAUCAAAGCUGCGAGUAGCACCAUCAGAGACUGCAAUGACUGAUGUUCUUAGGGAGGUUUCAAUCAUGAAAAUAUUGGAUCAUCCCAAUAUAGUCAAUCUGAUUGAGGUGAUUGAUGACCCAAACACAGAUCACUUUUAUAUGGUUCUUGAAUAUGUGGAAGGCAGGUGGGUGUGUGAGUCUGGUCCACGUGGUGGCUUAGGAGAAAGCAUUGCCCGAAAGUAUUUGCGAGAUAUAGUUGCUGGAUUGAUGUAUCUGCAUGAUCAUAAUAUUGUGCAUGGAGACAUCAAACCUGAUAAUCUUUUGGUUACGAGUACCGGUACAGUGAAGAUAGGAGACUUUAGUGUCAGCCAGGUGUUUGAGGAUGAUAAUGAUGAGCUUCGACGGUCUCCUGGGACUCCUGUAUUCACUGCACCUGAGUGCUGUUUAGGUUUAACCUACCAUGGUAAAGCGGCAGAUACAUGGGCUGUUGGUGUCACUUUGUACUGUAUGGUUCUGGGUCAAUACCCCUUUCUUGGAGACACACUGCAAGAUACAUAUGACAAGAUAGUUAAUAAUGCUUUAUUGAUCCCGGAGGGCAUCAACCCACAGCUAAAGAACUUACUGGAAGGACUUCUCUGCAAAGAUCCAAAACAGAGGCUUACUUUGGAAGCUGUUGCACAACAUCCUUGGGUGCUUGGGAACGAAGGACCUAUCCCUCAGUUUAUCUGCCGGUGCAAGCGUGAGAGCUUUCCACAGGAAGAAUCUGGCAACAGAGUAAAUGGUGAUUAUAUGACCAGCGCUAACUGAGGUGUGAUACUAGUGAUGGUUGUUUGUACAGUAAAGCUAAAGAA